GCUGACAUCCAACCAGGGACGUGCGUGAUGCCGACUGGUCCACAUCGGCCACUCUAGCUCUCCGCUCGUCUCGCGUCACCCCGCAGUUCUGCGUGUGCGGUCCACGGGGCGCUGAAUGAUCGCUGCGCGGACACGCUGACGUUCGCUCUGCGCCCGCAUGCAGAGAUGCAGGUGAAAAAUCAGAUGUGCAGCGAGCGCAUCGGCGGGGGCGACGACGAGCCAGAGCAGGACGACGUCAGCCAGAAGAAGACCUCGUGUUUUUCCAACAUCAAGAUCUUCCUGGUGUCUGAAUGCGCCCUCAUGCUGGCGCAGGGCACCGUGGGCGCCUAUCUGGUGAGUGUCCUGACCACGUUGGAGAGACGCUUCAAUCUGCAGAGCGCUGAUGUGGGCGUCAUCGCAAGCAGCUUUGAAAUUGGAAACCUGGCUCUCAUCCUUUUCGUGAGUUACUUUGGCGCCAAAGCCCACCGGCCGAGGCUGAUCGGCUGCGGCGGCAUCGUCAUGGCACUUGGGGCACUUCUGUCCGCCCUGCCCGAGUUCCUCACCCACCAGUACGAAUACGACGCGGGCGACUCGUGGCACGCAGAAGACGGUCGGGACGUGUGCUCCAACAGCUCCCGCUCGGACAACAAUGACUCGGCGUAUAAGUGCGGCGAUCGGGCCAACACAAACAUGAUGUACCUGCUCUUAAUUGGCGCCCAGGUGCUCCUGGGCAUCGGUGCCACCCCCGUCCAGCCUCUGGGGGUCUCCUACAUCGAUGACCAUGUCCACAGGAAGGACUCCUCUCUGUAUAUAGGUAUUUUAUUUUCCACCUUGGUUUUCGGGCCCGCUUGCGGCUUCAUCUUGGGUUCUGUCUGUACCAAAGUCUACGUUGAUGCCGUUUUCAUCGACACCAGUAAGCUGGAAAUCACUCCAGAAGACCCUCGCUGGAUCGGGGCCUGGUGGGGGGGUUUCCUCCUGUGCGGUGCCUUACUCUUCCUGGCAGCCCUCUUCAUGUUCGGCUUUCCUCAGGCCCUGGAUGAGCAGGGCCUGGACGGAGGUGGGGAGAGCGAGCAGGCCAUGCUGCCAUCUCCGCUCAGCCUGGACUACCGGGCCAAGGCCAAGGGGGGCAUCCACGGCUUCGACUUGAACAGCGGACUCUCCGUAUGCCAGCAUCUCAGAGUGAUUCCACGGGUGACCCGACACCUUCUGUCCAACCCGGUGUUCAGCUGCAUCACCCUGGCGGCCUGUAUGGAAAUCGCCGUGGUGGCCGGUUUUGCCGCCUUCCUCGGCAAAUACCUGGAGCAACAGUUCAACCUCACCACCUCUUCGGCCAAUCAGCUGCUAGGGAUGACGGCCAUCCCGUGCGCAUGCCUGGGCAUCUUCCUGGGGGGGCUGCUGGUGAAGAAGCUGAACCUUUCAGCCCUGGGUGCCGUGCGCAUGGCCAUGGCUGUCAACUUAGUGUCCACGGCCUGCUACGUCUCCUUCCUCUUCCUGGGUUGUGACACUGGCCCUGUCGCCGGGGUAACGGUCGCCUACAGCAACGAGACGCUGCGUCACUGGCAGAGACCCGAGUCUCCCUGCAUCAGCAGCUGCAACUGCUACACGGCCUCGGUGAGCCCCGUGUGCGGAUCCAACGCCGUCACCUACCUCUCCGCCUGCUUCGCCGGCUGCACCAAACCAAACCUGACAGGUUGCACGUGCAUAUCGAGCAGCGUUGAGGAAGCGGUGGCUCUUCCCGGGAAAUGUCCGAGUCCAGGCUGCCAGCAGGCCUUCCUCACCUUCCUGUGCGUCAUCUGCCUGUGCAGCAUGAUCGGAGCCAUGGCCCAGACGCCCUCCGUUAUCAUCCUCAUCAGAACGGUGAGUCCAGACCUCAAGUCCUACGCCCUGGGAGUCCUCUUCCUGCUCCUGAGGCUCAUUGGCUUCAUCCCGCCACCGCUGAUCUUUGGCAUGGGCAUCGACUCGACGUGCUUGUUCUGGAGCUCGGUGUGCGGCGAGAAGGGCGCCUGCAUGCUGUACGACAACGUGGCCUACCGCCACCUGUACGUCAGCAUCGCCAUUGGACUCAAGUCGUCAGCCUUCCUGCUCUACGCCACCACAUGGCAGUGCUUGAGGCGCAACUACAGGAAGUACAUCAAGAGCAGCGAGGGCUACCUGACGCCCACCGAGCUCUUCUCCUCCAAUGUGACUCUGGACCAGCUGGGCAGGGAGCACUCGGACGCCGCCAGCCGGACCAAGUUCGUGUUCAACCUAGAAGAGGCGUGCGACAACAUGGAGUCCGUCUUGUAGUUGUGACGAUGGUCCUCCUCCUCUUCCUCUUUGCCGCACACAAAGGUUGCACUAAAUUCAUUUUCAUUUUUUACUAAAGGAUGGACAUACUUGAAGUUAAUUCUCUCAUUUUUAGAAUUUAACAGCGUAUAUAUUUCAUAGGAUGGUAAUGCCGCUGUCCAAUUUAAAAAAGCAUGUAGCCCCACAUAUUUA